AUGCCGCCGCAACCCGUCUCCGGCGCAAAACUCCCUCUCGCGGCAGGACCUCCUCGUCAUCAUCAGCAGCAGUCUUCACAACUGCUUUCAUCUGGUGCUUUGGCUCCUCUUGCUCCUCUUGCUCCGCUUGCUCCUCUUGCUCCUCUGACUUCUACUGCUACUGCAGCUACUAUUGGUGUUUCCGCUCCAUUGCCAACCAAAUCUCGCACACAAAUCCUUAAACCAAACCCUAACCCUUCAACCCACCAUUUCAACACCCUAACCUCCAAAAUUCCACUGGCCUCCGCUGCCGCCGCCGCUACCGCUGCCUCCCCCCCCAAAUCUUCAACUCCCACCACCACCAACCUUACAAACCCUACCACCUCUAACACAACCAUCUCUUCCAUCUCAACGGCCAGACGAAAGUCUUCAGCUUCAGCGCCUUCUGUAAAAUUUUCGGCCAUCUCCCCAAGAUCCCCAGAAGACGCUGCUUCACCCCCCACAAUCAGACCCUCCUCUGCAAGACGCCCAAGCGCAAAUACUUAUAUUCAAGGAGGCGGUCAAAACUCUUCUAAUCUCAUAGCAAAUACCUCCUCCUCCUCUUCCAGCACAAUGAUAUCCUCAACUUCUUCCACUUCACCAACAGCUUCUGCCACCUCAGCCACAAUCAGGAAAUCAGCGUCUUUCCAUACCAAAACAACAACAACAACAACUACUACUACUACUGCCUCCAGCUCUCCAACCGCAAUAUCCCCUCCAGCUAUUGCGUCCAAGUCUUCCGUGGCUCAAGUCUCUACUUCCAAAGUAUGGGUUCUUCCCCCACGUCCGAAGCCCGGACGUAAACCCUCUACAGACACUCCUCCUACAAAACGCAAGGCACAAAACAGAGCAGCCCAGCGUGCUUUCCGCGAGCGCAGAGCAGCCCGUGUUGUUGAGCUUGAGGAAAUGCUUACCGAGGUACAGUCCGAGCGCGAUAUGCGGGAAAAACAACUCAGUGAUACUCUCCAAAAUGUGUCCCAGGAAAAUACUGAACUUCGGGAGUCUUUAAACGAGCUCCGCAAUGAAAUUAAGAAGAUGCAACAACAGCAACUCCAGGCCCUUCAAACGCAACAACAAAUCGUCCAACAACAACAACAGCAGCAGCAACAGCUUCGCUCUAGAUCUAGCUCUCAGGCAUCUACUCCAGUCACUUCUUCUCCAUUCACCUCAGCAAUAUCUCCAACCAGCAGUGGCAGCAGCCUUCAAAGUUAUAACCUUCAAAAGUCAUACCGCCAGGAGCAGCAACUCCAGCAACUGCAACAACAACAGCAACAACAAGCUCAACAAGUCCAACAGCAGAUGCAACAGUACCAACAUCCAUACCCGCCAGCAUACCCUCAACGCAACGACUCCAUUAGUAACCAUGUUUCACCAGCGGUUCCAGGAUCUACCUACCCACCGACCAUGAAUCAAAUGGCUUCUCCUGCGCCUUCGAUUGAGUCGCCGCUCGACAUUUUAGACCGCAUUUUGGAAAUCCGGCUGCCUGUACCAAAUAAAAAUGACGCGGCUGCAAACUCAAAUCCCGCAACUAUGGGUUCCGUACCUUCACCACACACAAUAAACAGCGCAGCUGGAACCCCUCUACAAAGCCAACAAUCGGUCGGUACCGCUCCAGCUGACAAUAAUGAUGAUGACGAAGAUGAUGACGAUGGUUGUGGCGUCUGUGUCAAAGAAGACUGCAUCUGCGAGUCUUUGGGCAUCCGUCCACCACGUAAUCACUCAAAUGCUUCUACCCCAGCUUCUAACAUGCCCUCUCCUUACCCAACCUCACAACCAACUACCUCCACUCUUGUCGCUAUUCUAGAACCCGUCCAAGCCACAGCCACAGCCCCUGCGCCAACUGUCCCCAUUAGCGUUGGGCCUUCAGUCCCCCUCAAGCGAAGGCGUGACGAUGCUGGUGCCAAAACAAUACCCAUUUUUAAAAGAAUAAAGUCUGGUAAUACCAAUGCGUCGCUAAAUGAUGACUCGGAACCUUUAGAAAUGGAUUUCACUGCAGUUUUUGCUCGUCCUAAACCCAAAAAGACGGCACCAGCACCAACACCACCACCAGCAGCUUCUGUACCUUCUACCUCUUCUACUUCUUCUCUUGCUCCACAAAAGCGCAUGGCCAUUGACCUGCCGCCACUAAAUGCUCGACACAGAUCUUCAACUUCGCUCUUCCUGCGCUCCAAUAGCCGAAGCAAUAGCGGCGUCGGGAUCGACGAAAGCAAUGCAGUUCUACUACUCUCCCAGACCAACCCGGGCACGCCGGCCGACCGCUGCGGGUUUUGCUCGGACGGAACGCCUUGUCUCUGCGCAGAGUCGGCGGACCAGGAUGCCUCGUCGCUGGCCGACAUUGUCACGGACCCGUCACUUCCUCCCAUUUCCUUUAGCAACGCUGCAUCUGCCCCAUCAUCUCGUCAUAAUAGUACAGAUUCUCUUCUGCCAGGUGUCGCUAGUGCUACCUCGGUUCCUACGGUGCGCAGAGAUUCAGCAAAGCUUCCAUCCAUUCUACCAGUUGAUCAACAAGGUGGGUGCACAGGAAACCCAGGGACCUGCAUGCAAUGCCAAGCAGAUCCCAUGUCAACUCUCUUUUGCACUACGCUAGCAUCCAGAUUGUCGUCAUCUCGUGUCUCGUCGUCUCGGUCGUCACUAGACCCCAAGGCCAAAAAGCCGACUGGCGGGUGCUGUGGCGGUAAGGGCAAGGCUGGUGGGUGCUGUGGCGGGGCCAGUAAAACAAAGGACACAGAGCCGAGGACAUCUGCUUCUACUCCUAACUCUCAAGGCUCGGUAUCUACCCCUUUACCCUCGAUUGAUGCUGGAACCUCUGUAGGUUCAUCGUCUUCCUCGUCAGCUUCAACAGGCGAUGCUGGUGCUGCUUCUGCGUCUGCAACACCUCCCCCAGGAACUUUCAUUCCCUGCUCGGCCGCAUAUCAGACUCUGUCAAGGCACAAAGACUUUAAGCGAGUGGAUUUAGGGAAGCUUGUUGGUCGUUUGACAACCCGUGGGAUGCAAGUUGAAGUUUCAUCCGUCGCCAAUGUGCUACGAGAACUUGACCGACGACUCUACGAUUAA